UUCCUGUUUGAGUACACAGCAUUGCAUUAGCGGCUUGAGCGCAGUAGCUGUUCUGUAACUGCUGUGAAUAUAUUUAAAAACAUGUCGCCGUUCAAGACCAUCAUCAUUUUGUUCAGUGUUAUAGGUUGCACUGUGUCCAUCUGGGUAACGGUUCCUCGAAAGGUUGUCAAUGUGACCAUCGGUCAGACUGCAAAUCUUCAGUGCACUUUCACCACCGAUGUGCCGAUGACCAAUCUCCUGGUCCAGUGGAAUCUCUACCCUAAGGUUUCCAUGAAUCCAGAAGAGGUGUUCUACUACCAGUCUGGAGAGCAGCAAAUAGGCAAGCAGUUCGAGAACAGAGUAAAGGUCCUUACUGCCAUUAACGCCACCAAGAACGCCUCUAUCUCCAUCUCCAACAUGCAGAGUGCAGAUGCUGGAACCUACACAUGUGACGUCCGCAACUUCCCUGACAUUUCAGGCCAGGCUGAAGCCAGCGUGGUGGUCAAUGUACUUGAGAAACCAUCCUACCCAGUCUGUGCUAUCCAUGGAGACAUAGCAACCGGUCACCUGGUCACUCUCACUUGCCAUUCCUCUAAAGGCAGCCCAGCUCCCAGCUACACCUGGAGCUGGAUUGAUCAGGGGGUGAAAAGGAACGCGCUGGGCUACACAAAUCCGAGCACCGGUACCCUGUACAUCAGAAACAUCUCUCAGUUUGAGUUUGGAACAUAUCAGUGCAAUGCCUCCAAUGCUGUCGGUUACUCCAUCUGCACUGUGGAGCUGAGCUCAGAGAUGAACACCGGAGCGAUAGUGGGUGCUGUGAUCGGAGCGCUGCUGGCUGUCCUAUUCAUUGUGCUGCUCGUGUGGUUCAUCACUCAUAAGAUGAAGAAGGAGAAGUACGCCAAGGCUAACAUGGCGCAGAACUAUGCAGCUGUUCCUCCACAGCAAGCUGCUGCCCAAGAAAUGAAAGACAUGCAGGCCUGAGAAACAUGAAGUCCUAAUUCAUCACGCCAACCAACUAUAUACAACAUAUAAGACAUAUGACUAAUCUUUUACUGAUUGCACAAUUUCUUCAUUCAUGUUGUGUUGAUAUCAAAAUGUCAGUUUUAGGUUUUUUAUUUGGUCUUUUUUAUAUAUAUUUUGUUCAAACUCUUGAAUCUUGAAUGAAAUGGCCAAGAAUAGUUGCUGAAUAUGAUACACUGAUUUAGUUCUUUUUUUUUUUUGUAUACGAUUUCAAUUUACCAGAAAUGUAACGCUACAAAUGUGUAGUAUCAAAUUGUAUUGUUGUCCUGUUAAGCUUGAGGCUAAUAUAUUAAAUAGCUUGUGACUAGAAUGUUUUGAAUCUGAAUCUGAAUAUUUCAUACUGUUAACUGCUGUAAUAAACCAACAAUUAAAACAUUAAACCACUUUCUUCAGGCACUGUUUUGAAAAUGUCAUCUCACUAUAUGAUUUGAAUUGUUACAACCCUACAUGUAGAUUCUAUAGUUAUGCUCCUCUCAAGCCGGGCUACCUCACUGUUGGUUUCGUCUACAACCAAACCCCAUUAAGACAAUCAACGACUUGUGAAGGCAGUAAUUAGCUGGAUUAGGUGGAGUGGAUUAGGGUUGGAUCCAAGUCUGCGAGAGCAGGUUUAAGACCACUGCUGUAAAAUCCUUAUGAAUUUGACACAAAGAUGUGUGUAGUAAUGUUCUGUGCAGUGAAAAUUAAUGCCAUUUUCAUGUCAUCAUGUCAUUUUCCUAACAUUUUUAUAUUUUGGCAGUGAUGGUACUUGAUCUUUUAUAUUGUUGCAUCUCAUACUGUUGGAUUCUUUUUGAUUUAAUAAUAAAGAACACAUCCUAAACCUAGAA